AUGACAAUGGUUUCUUUCUCCCGGCACAUGCCGCUUUUAUUUUACUCCUUCCUCACUGUCUUGCUUGCUUCAUUUAGCAAUGCAACAGAACAGCAACCGUUGCGAGGAGCUGUAAAAACACCUCCCAAACGGGUGGCGAUAAUUGGAGCUGGGGCCGGGGGCUCAUUUGCCGCGUAUCAAUUGCGCAAGCUCGCGGAUGAAACAAAUACUCCUGUCGAGAUCACGGUCUAUGAACGUGAAUCUUAUGUUGGCGGCCGUUCGACAACAGUAAAUGUAUUUGAUGACCCGGCUUACCCCAUCGAAUUAGGCGCUUCAAUAUUUGUCCAGGUCAAUUACAACCUGGUCAACGCUUCCCGCGACCUUGGGUUGAACGUUCACAGCGCCGACCAUGCGCGGCCUAGAGAAUCUGAUGAUAGUAUUGGGAUUUGGGAUGGCUCUCAGUUUGUUUUCACGCUGAAGAACUCCUACAGCUGGUGGAAUAUCGGUCGGCUAUUCUGGCGGUAUGGACUGGCGCCACUGCGCACCCAGAACUUGGUCAAGAGUAUCGUUGGGAGGUUCUUACGGCUAUACGAAGAACCUUUGUUUCCUUUUAGUUCUCUUUCUGAGGCUGCCGCCGCAGCAGAUCUGUUGGAUUCUACUGCAUUUCCGGGCGCAAAGUUCCUCUACGUAAAUGAUAUCGACUCUCUGUUUGCGAGGGAAAUCAUCCAGGCGAGCACUCGAGUCAACUAUGGCCAGAACCUGCAAUUGAUUCAUGGUUUGGAGUCGGUUGUCUGUAUGGCUACGGAUGGGGCUGUCUCUAUCGAGGGAGGGAAUUGGCGCAUUUUCGAUGGUGCAUUGACAGCUUCGGCUGCUGAUCUCAGAAUGAAUACCACAGUCACCAAGAUUGCACAAAAUCAUGAUGGCUCCGUAUCGAUUUCAUCAAAGCACAACAUCGCUACCAACCAAGAGCAUGAGACAUUUGAUGAAGUGGUCAUCGCCGGGCCUUUGCAGUACUCCGAUAUCUCAAUCCAACCUCCCUUGGAGCACACUCCAGAUAUCAUUCCAUAUGUGAAUUUGCACGUUACUCUCUUUGCAUCUCCCCACCGCAUCUCGCCGCAGUACUUUGGUCAAAACUCAAAUGAUCUAGUACCCGAGACUAUUCUAACGACUCUCCCCGAGGGACUUGAUCUCGGGUCGAAUCCAGCAGGAGUUGGACCCAGUAGGUUCUGGAGUAUCAGCACACUUCGCACAGUGGAUCAUGCUACCGCGAAUUUCGAAGAAACCCAAUCCCAUUACGUCUAUAAGAUAUUCUCGCCAGAGCAACCAACAGCUGGAUUCAUUGCUGACAUCCUUGGUUUGGAUAGCCAAGCUGCGAAUAGCAAUGGAACCAUUGCAGAUAUCUCAAAAGGCCAUGUUAGCUGGUUCCAUGAGAAGCUGUGGAACCCAUACCCUGUUCUCUACCCGCGCGUGACAUUUGAAGAUACUCUCUUAGCUCCUCGUAUAUGGUACACGGGUGGCAUUGAGAGCUUUAUAUCAACCAUGGAGACUAGUGCGUUAAUGGGCCGGAAUGUGGCUACUCUUAUGUUCCAAUCGUGGCAGAACCAGGAAGAAGAGAGUGGUGCUUUGGUAGGAGCGAAGACUGAGCUUUGA